AUGGGUUUCGUCACUCAACUUGCAUAUGUGAGUAAAGGUGGUGGAGAAGGAUCCGUGAAAGUGGAAGAUUGUCCGAAAGAAUGCGCACGGCGUUGUUCGCAGGCGCAUGGGAUGAAGGCGUGUCUGUUCUUCUGUAAUCUGUGCUGUGAAAAGUGUUUGUGUGUCCCAUCAGGAACCUACGGCAACAAGGAAGAAUGUCCUUGCUAUGAGAACUGGAAAACCAGGGAGGGAACGCCCAAGUGUCCCUGA